AUGAUACGCGGACGGUCAUAUCGCGCAGCAGGCGAAAACACCGACCGUCCGGUUGGACUGAUAAAAGGAAAAGGAAAAGAACGUCAAUGUCAAAACGUACUCCUCCUUUCUGUCGUCGAAACAACAGAUGAAGCUCGGUUUUUUAAAUCGCUGACCAGACGCUCCCGCAUAGAGGGAAACUGUCAAGCGACAAGACGAUUUAACGAGCACUUCACAUGCUCUAUCAUCGAUGAUUAUUAAACUUGCUAAAAUAAUAGACUGUUCUUCAGAGCACCCGUCCUAUCCUGCAUCUAAUCUUCUACAACACCGUUCAAACUCCUCAUGGCGUUGUGCAAAACCGGGAGAAAUGCUUGCCACUGUCACUUUCGAAUUGGCAGAACAAUCUUGUAUCACAGGUUUAGACGUAGGCAAUUACCGUAGUUGCGUAGUAAUUGUUACUGCUUCUACAGCAUCAAAACCUGAUACGUGGGUUCCCAUUGUAAAUCACCAGUUCUUGACAAACGAUGAAGCUGCAAAUAGUAAAUUUAGAGAUCAAGUACAGAUAUUCACGAAGAAAGAUCUGAAUCCGGAUACAGUAAAAAUAAAAUUUGACCGUGUGAAAGUGACUUGCAUGCAGUCAGCCAAUUUGAAAGAAUUAUUUGGAUUAUCAUUUAUUGAGUUAAAAACAGAAGUUGUAGUUGAUAUGAAAUUAAAUAUCUUUGGGAGAUUCAAACUGAAGAAUCCAGAAGAAGAUAACAGCAUUGGUCACAAGAAAACAGAUUAUAAGAAUGAAUUGCUUGCAAAAGCCAAAGAAGCUAGUAUGAAUAACUUCUCCAAGCGACAAGAAGAGAAUAGAGAACCAAUGAAAAGGCCAUUGCUGCAAAAGUUAGAAGCUGGAAAAGCAGAAGAAGUAUUUGGAUCUAAGAAUAAAGAUCCUAACAAUUCUAGUACAAUGAAUGGUACUAAAUGUAAAAAUGAGAAAGUGUCAAAUGAUAAACCGCUAGCAAGAACUCCAUUUGGUGAUAUUGUACCUUCAACCUCAUCCAAAGUAAAUAAAACUAACACACAAAAUAACACAUAUUCAAGAAAACGUUCUCUAAGUCCUGAACAAAGUUCCUCAAAGCAGAGUACAAGUAACGAAAAUAAAGAUUGUUCUCAGUGUCAAGAUGAAAAUAAGAUAUGUAAUAAUUGCAAAAAGUUGCCAAAACCUAAGCCAACAAUUAUACCUGAAAGACCUGCAAAAAAGCAAAAAAGAUUAUUUUCAAAGCUUUUCGAAGAUAUGUCAUUUUCACUCAGUGGAUAUGUUAAUCCACAGAGAGAUGAGAUUAGGAAAAAGGCCCUUCAAAUGGGUGCAAGAUAUAUUGCUGAUCCUAACACGACUAACAAGAAAUGUACUUACUUAAUUUGUGCCUUUAAGAAUACACCAAAGCAUCAGCAAUUAAAGGGCCAUUGUAAAAUUGUUUCACAUACCUUUAUUGAAAAUUGUUUUAAUGAAAAGACAAGAUUUCCUUGGAGACGAUAUGCCCUAGAUAAAGAAGAUACUACUCAGCCAGAAAGUGAAGAAGAAAUUUUAGGUAGUUCAUCUCCAUUUAAUGCAUUCGAAGAGGAUACUGACUUAGAUUCUAAUUGACGAGAUGACUAUUUUUUAUUAUUAUUAUUAUAAAAUAAGUGCUGGCGCAAAAUUUACAUAACAAAAAUAAAAUUUUUCAGUAAGUCAUAUUUUGUAGAAAAUUUAUUUAUUACCAAUACAUACUACAAUUUUCAUAAUGUUAAUAAUAACAUAUAUUUUUG